AGUAUUUGACGGGAGUGUCCGUCAUCACCGAGCUCAAUCCCCCUCGACUUGCGCUCCCACCCCCACACUAAGUUCCAUGCCUGUUAGUCUCCCAUCACCACCCUUCCCCAUUGCCUCCCCCCGCCAGCACCGCCAGCCACUUCUCUCGUGCAAGCGACCGAUCUGAGCGUGCGCUACCAGGCGUCGCGAUGACGGAGUACGUGGUGCGCGGCGGCAAGGGCCUCAAGUCCAUCAAGGACCUCAAGGGCCUGCAGGAUGGCCCGCCGCCCGGCGGCUUCCCGGCCGUGCGGUACGGCCGUCGGAUCAUGAACACAGGGCCGUCCGGGGCGGUGCUGGUGCUCGCAUCGACGGCUGUGAUUGCGUUUGGAUUUUACCAGAUCGGCCAAGGGAACAUCAAACGGCGGGCGCUGAAGAAGGAGAAGGUUGAUGCGCGAGUGGCCAUACUGCCGCUCAUUCAAGCAGAGGAGGAUGCGCGCUUUGCGGCGGCGCGGCGGCGGGAGCUGGAGGAGGAGGCGCGCAUCAUGCGCAACGUGGACGGGUGGGUGGUGGGGCACAACGUGUACAACUCCGGCCGUUGGAUGCGCCCUGCGAAUGGCAAGCUCGCUGCGGAGUACUGAUGGGUGCAUUUUGGGCUUAGGAGGAAGGGACUAGAGAAUGAUGAGCACGUGGCAAUGUUAUGCAUGGAAGAGAGGAUUUUUGCGAAUGUAUUGCCUCUGUUCUAGAUUGGUGUGUUAUUGGCAUCAGCUCAGCAUUGCUGGUUAGGGCGUAUUCCUACUAUACAUCUUUCUGGAAUUGCCUAUUCCGAAGAGAGUGACUAUGUCGAGAGAAAAGUUGACUACAGGGAUUAGAGUACAGGUUUAUGUUGUACUCAAAGAACUGAUCCUAGCUAGGCUACAGUAUAUAUAUAUCGUAAUCCCCCGUGUACAAGACCCGCCGAAAUAGUCAGCCCAUGGGUGGCAUAUGAGGGGGAUAGCUUACGAUAUGGCGCAUUUUUUAGAGUACCUGUUUUUUUGGGUUUGCAUUUUACAUAACACC